AUGAUAGACAUAAAUAUAAGCAGACCAUGGAAUGAAUUUAUUUUCCAAGGAUUCCCUAAUAUUUUUGGAUCUGAAAGUGGACUAUUUGCUUUAUUUCUGUGCAUGUAUAUCAUGAGCCUAUUGGGCAAUCUGAGCAUUGUUUUUGUGACCUAUUUGGACUCCAAACUUCAAUCACCAAUGUUCUUCUUUUUAGGAAACCUGUCAUUUCUUGAUAUUUGUUAUAUUUCUGUGACAGUGCCAAAAAUGCUGUCUGAUUUCCUGGAAAAGAAGAAAAUAAUUUCUUUUACAGGAUGUUUGGUACAGAUGUUAAUGUUUAUCUCCAUGCAAGGAACAGAAGCUUUCCUCUUAGCUGUCAUGGCUUAUGACCGUUAUGUAGCAAUCUGCUCUCCAUUGUGCUACACAUCCAUCAUGAAUAGGAUCACUUGUCAUUUGCUGGUUGCAGUUUGCUGGACAAAUGGAUUGUUAAACUCUAUAGUGCACACAACUCUCACAUUUAGUCUCCCUUUCUGCAAAUCUCAUCUUCUCAAUCAUUACUUUUGUGAUAUUCCUCCACUACUGAAAAUUUCAUGUAGGGAUACUUAUGUUAAUGAGCUAGUUCUCUUUGUGGUGGGAGGUAUAUGUGUAGGCUUUGCUAAUUUCCUAUUAAUCCUAAUCUCCUACACUUUUAUUCUUUCUGCCAUAUUGCAUUUACCUUCUAAAGAAGGAAAACAUAAAGCUUUCUCCACCUGUUCCUCUCACCUCAUUGUUGUUGCCCUGUUUUAUGGGACAGCCAUGUUUAUAUACAUAAGGCCUUCUUCUUCAUAUUCUUUACAGAGAGAUAGCGUGGUGUCAAUUUUGUAUAGUAUUUUGGCUCCUAUGUUGAAUCCAAUUAUAUAUAGUUUAAGGAACCAAGAAAUCAAAGGAGAAAUUAAAAAGAUUGUUGUAAAUAAAUCUGCUAAAAUGCUAUCACACUAG